UAAAUAGGCCCAGCCCAGGCUGUGGCUCAGCCCUCGGAGGGACUUGAGCACCAGGCAGCGAGCAGUCUCAAGCCAAGCCCCCUACUAGCAUGGCUAGCGAGUUCAAGAAGAAGAUCUUCUGGAGGGCCGUGGUGGCCGAGUUCCUGGCCAUGACCCUCUUCGUCUUCAUCAGUAUUGGCUCUGCCCUGGGCUUCAGAUACCCACUGAACGGAAACCACACGGCGGUGCAGGACAACGUGAAGGUGUCACUGGCCUUCGGGCUGAGCAUUGCCACUCUGGCCCAGAGCGUGGGCCACAUCAGCGGUGCCCAUCUCAACCCGGCUGUCACGCUGGGGCUGCUGCUCAGCUGUCAGAUCAGCAUCCUCCGGGCGGUCAUGUACAUCAUCGCCCAGUGCGUGGGGGCCAUCGUCGCCACCGCCAUCCUCUCGGGCAUCACCUCCAACCUGCCUGAAAACUCGCUUGGCCGCAAUGACCUGGCCAAUGGUGUGAACUCAGGCCAGGGCCUGGGCAUCGAGAUCAUUGGCACCCUGCAGCUGGUGCUGUGUGUGCUGGCCACCACUGACCGGAGGCGGCGCGACCUCACUGGCUCAGCUCCUCUGGCCAUCGGCCUCUCUGUGGCCCUGGGACACCUGCUGGCGAUCGACUACACUGGCUGUGGUAUCAACCCUGCUCGGUCCUUUGGCUCUGCAGUGCUCACCCAUGACUUCUCCCACCACUGGAUCUUCUGGGUGGGGCCGUUCAUCGGGGCAGCCCUGGCAGUGCUGAUCUAUGACUUCAUCCUGGCCCCACGCAGCAGUGACCUCACGGACCGCAUGAAGGUGUGGACCAGCGGCCAGGUCGAGGAGUACGACCUGGAUGCAGACGACAUCAACUCCAGGGUGGAGAUGAAGCCCAAAUAGAAGGGCCUGGUCUAAGCAUCCACGUGGGGGGCAGGGGCAGGGACGGGCGGAGGGAGGGGAGGGAUGAAAUCCAUAUUGUAGACACUCUGCCAAGCUGGCCAAAGUCACUCCCCAAGGUCUGCCAACCCUGCACGGUCAGGCCUCGUUGGAGGUAUUCCUCUCACUUUCCUUCUUUCUCUGUUCCCUGGCCUUAAAGCUUCCUGGGGACCAAGAUUCACCAAUUCACCCCUCCCUUGUCACUGAAGAAGUGAAAGAGAGGGACUCAUCUGCUAUUGUCCCCUAGAGUGUGAUGGGAGGUAUGCCAGAAAGUUCCCCCUCACCGCAAAGUUGGUUGCCAAUUCACCUGCCAGAGGGGUCUGAGGUCCCACUCACUGUACUGCCUUAGUGCCUUUGGGAAAUGCCCUCCUUCCCUGAUAGACACUGGCUCCAAAAGUACUUGGCGGAAAAGAGGACAGGUAGAGGGGUGCAGACGGCAGAUAAGAUUUACUCCUCAGUUUGGCUUGCUCCUAGAGUACCCCCCAUCCAGACUCGCUGCAUGACUUGGAAUUGCCCCUGUCUCAGGGCUUCAGUGACCUCCAUCUGUAAGUGGUACAGCGAGAGCUGUGUGGAGAGCACCAGAGGUUCCAAAGGCAUGGCCUAGACAGCACAGCUCCGUCUACUUGUCCUGAGCUCUUUCCUAAGUGUGAAGCUGCAUUCACAUCUGUGUGACCAUGUAUUCUUGCAGAUGAGCUCCAGGCAGAGAGGGACAGGUGGUCCAGGUGGUUGAAGGCGCAUGUUCCCUGCCACAGGUUGUUGGUAGUAGGGGAGCUUCUCUAGACAGAACCUGUUGAUGUAGAGUGAAGGUCAUUUGAAGGGUGAAGGAAGGACAUUCAUGUUCCCCCACUGAGGUUUAGCUGGUCCUUCCAUCUAUCACAGCACAGACUUCAACAUUAUUCCAGCAUAAACUCAGGACAUUGUUACGUGGGUGUGUUUAAUAAAGAGUACCUGGGUUAUCUGAGGCCCCAAGUCCUAUGACAGAAAGAUUCUGACGCGAAUCAGGCUGUGGUGACAGAUGCCCUUCAAAGGGGUUCCAAGCUUGGAGCUGAUCCUGAGCAGCGAAGAACAGUUCCCACCCUUGCUCUUCAGGUCAUGGUUAGAGCCAUCUGGGGCAGCUGGGUGAGCAGCACCGGCUUGCUGUGUGACCCCAGACCAUAGCCUUCUUUCCUCAUUGACCUGGAGGGGAGAGGUCAGCCCUGACCUGAUAAGGUAGCUCCUGCUGCAGCCCAGGGAAAGUUCAAAGCAGAGUCUGCUUUGAGGCUGAUAUCUUCCACUCCACUUUACAAGUCCGAAAGUCCUCUGGCUUCCACCAGGCCAGAGCAGCUCCACUACUGUGCCAUAGCCAUGAUGCCAACAUAAGCCAAGAGACACAAUCAAUCAUGCAGAUGUUUAGGAGCACGAGGCAGAAUGGGAGCUGUAAGUGGUCACCAGAACAUCACAUCUGCACUCUCCCUUUCCCGUUCUCCAGUAGGAUCUUCCAGCCUCUUUAGCAGAUAAGGAAACUGAGGCCUGAGGUCCCACAGCUAGAUAAUGAUUUGUCCAUUCUGGCAACCAAGGCCAUGUCUAGCUCCUCCCUGGACCGUGAGGUGGAUUCCUUUUGUUCUCAGUUUCUCAGUUUUUGCCCAGGCAAUGGCCAGGGGCCAAGAGCGGGAAUGGUUGUGAUGGAGUGGGAGGGGCAGACCCAGCCCUGCCUGGUUCUGGCUGCUGUGUCCCAGGACCCUACAUCUGUCUGCUCAGCAUUUAUGUCUCUUUGGAAUUGGAAUUUUAUAUGUUAAGACAAUAAAGGAAAAUGAUUUAUAAUGUC